AGGAUUUCUAAUAUAACGGUGGCGCAAAAACAUAGGAAGGUUAGGGAGAGCCAGACGUUUAAUCCUUGAGCUGUGGGAAGAAUGACGCUGAGCUAUUUUGUGGUGGGAUUUGUCCCAAUUGGAGAACAAUUUAUGUGCAGAAGAAUAUGUUGCGCAAUGGGAAGUGACAUUUGAUGGAUCUACUCGUGAGAGUUAUGCAUUCCCGGGGAACGGAGAUGCUGUGCAAACUUGUGCUGUACGUGGCUUUUGCAGAAAAUUUGAUCUCACGUGAGUUGUCGGGUGCAACGGCCACUAAAACAAAAACACAAGUGACCAACAACUCAGGUGUGACACCAGCUGGGCAGUGCGGGGCUUGGGUGAAGGAACCCGAUGGAGGCUAUUUCACGUCACCCAACUACCCUGACAAAUACCCACCUGAGAGGGAAUGCGUCUACAUUAUAGAAGCGUCCCCCCGCCAGUGCAUCGACUUGUUUUUUGAUGAAAAGUAUUCCAUCGAGCCGUCGUGGGAGUGCAAGUUUGACCACAUCGAGGUCCGUGAUGGGCCCUUUGGUUUCUCACCCAUCAUUGGACGCUACUGCGGCCAGGAGAGCCCCAUGUAUGUCCGCUCCAGUGGGAGGUACCUGUACAUCAAGUUUGUGGCUGAUGGAGAGCUGGAGGCCAUCGGCUUUUCAGCCCGGUACAACUUCACACAAGAUCCUGAGUUCAAAGGUCUGGGAGAACUGCCAGCAUUGCCAUUUUGUGAGUUUGAGUUGAAUGGUCCAGAAGGCUACGUGGAAUCUACUCAGAUCACCAGGGAGAACCGGGCACUGCAGACAGAGGCUGUGGACUGCAGGUGGUAUGUUCGAGCCCCGCCAAAAGCCAAGAUCUACAUGCGCUUUCUGGAGUAUGAGAUGCACAACUCAAACGAGUGCAAGCGUAACUUUGUUGCCAUUUAUGAUGGCAGCAGUUCGGUUGAGCACCUGAAGAAUAAGUUCUGCUCCACCGUUGCCAACGAUGUCAUGCUGACAUCAUCACUGGGCGUGGUCAGGCUGUGGGCGGAUGAGGGAAGCAGGAAAAGCAAAUUCAAGAUCCUCUUCACCACCUUCCUUGAUCCUCCGUGUGAAGGAGGUACUUUCUUUUGCCACAGCAACAUGUGCAUCAACCACACCUUGGUCUGCAACGGCAUCCAAAACUGUGUGUAUCCAUGGGACGAGAAUCACUGCAAAGAGAAAAGGAAACCCAGCAUACUGGACUCUCUGGACAACACUAACCUCACCAUCAUUGGUGUGACAUGCGGCCUGGUGGUCAUUCUGCUCAUCAUUUCUGUCAUCAUCCAGGUCAAACAGCCUCGCAAGAAAUACAUCAUCCGCAGAGAUGACUUUGACCCCGCCCUCCUCCAUCCAGAGUUUGAGCCUCCCCACUAUGAGCUCUGCACGUUACGACACGUCCCAUCAGGCGACCUAACUGACGCCGCAAUGGCCGAGGAGUUUGACAAGUCCCACAAGCUGCGACGAUCCUCCUCCAAAUGCAUUCGCGACCACCACUGUGGAUCCCAGCAGGGAAGCAUGCACGGCAGUGUCCACGGUAGCCGCAGCAACCUUAGCAUGAGAGAGGCCGCUGCGGAUCCUGAUGGUGGGGCACAUGUACCGCCGCUACCUCCAGGAAUGGUGAACCAACAGUCACCACGGCUCUCCCACCACACCACCCCAGCCAGUCACAGGAACAUCCUGGUGAUGAAGCAUAGCUAUUCUCAGGAUGGGGGAGAUGGCUACAGAGGAGAGGAUGAUGAUUUAAUGAUAGACGAUGGCCCAACUACCAGCAGGCACCAUAUUUAUCAUCAUCAGAUCCAUCACGGCAUGACAGGUUUGGACCACACUGUCCACCGUACUUUGUCUAAUGACUUCUGAUGUGGCACGAUCACCAUGUAAACAGUGAAAGAAUGGAGGCAACGGAUGAUUGUGAAAUUGUGAUUGAAAUUUGUAUUGCAAGGAAGUACGGUGUCGGAAAUAAUCGUUUGAUCCCUGAAAUCAUACAUGAAAGAAAGGUUCUAAAUUAAUUUGCAUUUGACAGGAUUCAUUUGCGUGUGGAUCAAAUGCUUAUUUCACUCAAAUACUUUUUCCUUUAUUACCUUGAUUUAGUGUUUGUACAAAAAUAUGUUGAUAUUGUGUCUCUAUGUUAAAAUAAACCCACCAUAUAAAUAAUGGGCUGUUCAUGUCUUUGUAAGCUGCCAUAUUUCCAAUAACACUAACACUUUAAACCAAAUUAAGCUAUAUUCAAACAAGUGUUACAGAAUAGAUCGAUUUAAUUUAUUUCAAUGUUAACCUCAAAUUUCAGGGUAUUUUGUGAUUUGUUUCACUUCCACUCCUGGAUAAAUUAUUUUGUAUGUUUGCUUUUAAUUAUUUCAGAAGUAUUAUUUGAAUUUGUGUGGAUACUUUGCCAUUGUCCUGUGUAUUGCAUCGUUUUGUUUUAGCUGCAAUAUU